GCCGAUUCUGGCAACACUCCUCUUCCCUCGGCUCCUGCUCCGCCACCGUUCGCCGCUCCAUUCGGCGCUGGCGGCCGUCGACUCAAAAUUCCAUCUCCGAUCGAUGGGAGCUUUGUCACCACCAUCACGCUUCGAGUGGUGCAAAAUUCUGAUAAAUCUCUCUUGCUCAAGGGUGCCGAGGUUUUCUGUUUUGUGAAUGACUUUCUGAGAGCUCUUGGGUGAGUCCGGGUCAGCAGAAUUGGCCACCAGUUAGUGAGCACAAUGGCCAAGAUCAGGGAUCGCACCGAGGACUUCAAAGAUGCAGUGCGAAAGAGUGCUUUGUCUUUGGGAUAUAAUGAGUCCAAGCUGGCUGCUACCAUGGCAUCUUUCAUAAUCCACAAGCAGCGGGAAAGAUCAGCUUUCACCAAGGCAGCACUAAAAACGCUUGAAAGCAUCGAAGCUUUGGAACAAUUUCUGGGGAAGCAUAGGAAGGACUACGUGGACCCACUCCGCACCACAGAACAGGAGAGAGAUAGCAUUGAACAUGAAGUUACUGCUUUCAUCAAAACUUGCAAAGAACAGAUUGAUAUCCUGCAAGUUAGCAUAACAGAGGAGGAAAAAAAGUUGAGGGGAUGGCUUGGCCUUAGUGCUGAUGGCUCUAAUGCUGAUACUAUAGCACACAAACAGGGAGUGGUAUUGAUAUUAAGUGAGAAGCUUCAUUCUGUCACUACACAGUUUGAUCGGCUAAGAGCCAUACGCUUCCAGGAUGCUAUUAAUAGGGUGACACCUAGAAGAAAACUUAAUCAGUCUGCCAGUUCCAUUCCAGUAGAUAACUUAAAUGGUAAUGUCGAACUCAAAGAGUCUUACGAAGUUCCAGGUGAGCAUCUGAGAGUCCAGCAACAACAGUUGGAUGAUGAGACCCGUGCCCUUCAGGUUGAGUUGACGAGCCUUCUAGACGCAGCCCAACAAACGGAAACAAAGAUGGUGGAAAUGUCUGCAUUGAAUCACCUCAUUUCUACACAUGUGCUGCAACAAGCUCAGCAGAUAGAGCAUCUAUAUGAGCAGGCAGUGGAAGCUACCACAAAUGUGCAGCUUGGGAACAAAGAACUGGCCCAGGCUAUUCAGCGAAAUAGCAGCAGCAGAACCUUUCUUGUGCUUUUCCUUUUUGUACUCACUUUCUCGAUCCUCUUCCUCGACUGGUAUAGUUAAAAGACUACAGAUCUUAUCACCAUAUAACCUUCUAUUCAUCCCAUUCCGAAAGGAAAAGCUUUCUC